UGUGGAAAGAAGGACGACGGAAAGGAGGGAGGAGAGAGAAAAGUAUGACAAGGAUGCGAAAGAAAUCAGACAACAACCUUCUUAGCCUCCUCCAUAUCCUCCUCCUCUCCACUUCUUCUCCUCCUCCUCCCUUGCCAUGAGUUUUACGGUGGCGAGGCCAGCAGGAACAACCACAGCAAGAGCAAGCAACAGCUAGUUUGUGGCAGCACUCGUCGGGAAGGAGGGGGAGGAGCAAGCUUCCUGUCGAUUCCUUUUGUUGCUGUUUCAGAUCAAUUUGCAGCCACACACACAUAUGAGAUAGAUAGGGAGGAAAGGGAAGAUCGACGACAGCCCUGCUAGUCCAAUCCAGAAAUAAACUAAGGCUACCAAAAGGGAAAAGAUUCCCUUGUUCUUGAGCGGUAAGUUUGUCAAGGACAAAUCUGGAGGGCGCGAUGGCAUCCAAUUCAUCGGCGGCGGCUGUGGCAGCGCUGUUUGGAAUUAGGGAUGGCGACCACCAGGAGCAGAUUAAGCCGCUGCUUGCGCAGCCGCACCAGCAGCUGCCUCCUGCGCCACUGCUCAGCGCGGCCGCCUCGUCGUCGGCUCCAGGGUCCGCCCAGGCGGCGGCGGCGUCACCGCCAGUGAAGAAGAAGAGAACCCUACCAGACCCUGACGCUGAGGUGAUCGCCCUGUCGCCCAAGACGCUGCUGGCGACGAACCGGUUCGUGUGCGAGGUGUGCAACAAGGGGUUCCAGCGGGAGCAGAACCUGCAGCUGCACCGGCGCGGGCACAACCUGCCGUGGAAGCUGAAGCAGAAGGACCCGCUGCAGGCGCAGCGGCGGCGCGUGUACCUGUGCCCGGAGCCGACGUGCGCGCACCACGACCCGUCCCGCGCCCUGGGCGACCUCACCGGGAUCAAGAAGCACUUCUGCCGGAAGCACGGCGAGAAGAAGUGGAAGUGCGACAAGUGCUCCAAGCGCUACGCCGUGCAGUCGGACUGGAAGGCGCACUCCAAGGUCUGCGGCACGCGCGAGUACCGCUGCGACUGCGGCACCCUCUUCUCCAGGAGGGUUGGGACUGGUCUAACGCCGAAUUGUCAAGACACUACCUUUAGAAACUAUACUCUACAAUCCAUGAUGUCUUGGAGGGACAGCUUCAUCACCCACAGGGCCUUCUGCGACGCCCUCGCGCAGGAGAGCGCCCGCCUCCCGCCGCCCGGCCUCACCGCCAGCCACCUCUACGGCGCCACCACCGCCGCCAACAUGGCGCUCAGCCUCUCGCAGGUCGGUUCCCACCUCGCAUCCACCCUCGGAGGGGACGCGCACGGCCACCACUACCAUCAGGCCGACCUCCUCCGCCACGGCGCCGCCAACCGCUUCGAUCAUCAUCUGCUAGGCCCCUCCAGCGCCUCCGCGUUCCGACCCCUGCCGCCUCCACCAUCGUCGGCGUUCCUCAUGGGCGCGCCGCACGAGUUCAUCGACGGCGGCGACGGCACUGGGUCACACGCGUUCUUGCAGGGCAAAGCGUUCCAAGGCCUCAUGCACCUGCCGGAUCUCCAAGGCAACGGCGCCGGUGGUGGUCCGUUGGCUUCGUCGGCUCCGGGCCUCUUCAACCUGGGCUACAUCGCGAGCAGCGCAAAUAGCUCAGGUACUUCCAGUCAUGGCCAUGCAAGCCAGGGGCACCUGACAAGCGACCAGUUCAGCGAAGGAGGCGGCGCCGGCGGCGCCGGCGGCUCUGAGACUUCAGCUGCGAUGCUUUUCAGCGGCGGAGGGGGCUUUGCCGGCGGUGACCACCAGGUUGCUCCUGGCGGGAUGUACAACGACCAGGCCGUGAUGCUGCCGCAGAUGUCCGCGACGGCGCUGCUGCAGAAGGCGUCGCAGAUGGGCUCCAACUCGAGCGCGCACGGCGGCGGCGCGUCCGUGUUUGGGGGCCUCGUGGGCUCGUCCGUGCCCUCCGCCGCGCACGGCCGGGCGCCCAUGCUCGACCAGAGCCAGAUGCACCUGCAGAGCCUGAUGAACUCGCUGGCCGGCGGCGGCAUGUUCGGCGGCGGCGCCAACAGUGGCGGCAUGAUCGACCCAAGGAUGUACGACAUGGAUCAAGACGUGAAGUUUAGCCAGGGCCGUGGCGGCGCUGAGAUGACGCGCGACUUCCUUGGCGUCGGCGGCGGCGGCGUCAUGAGGGGGAUGCCGGUGGCGAGAGGGGAGCACCAUGACGGUGCCGGUGACAUCAGCUCCUUGGAGGCCGAGAUGAAGUCGGCCUCGUCGUCCUUCACUGGAAGCAGGAUGCAAUAAAAGCUUCUCCUUGCAUAUAUACUGAGCGAGCGAGUCCUGAGCAACCUGGCAUUGGCAUGCAUGCAAGGGUGUUAUACUGAAUCCGUUACAACAGGUUGUUAUAGUAUACACUGUACAAUGCAUGAUGGGAGUAGUAUAAGGUCGACUUCAUCUCAUGCAAAAAAAAAAGGAUUAAGAGACAUGGUUCGAUUAACCUUGAAGACAUGGAUGCAUGCUGAGUAAGGGGCUUCUUCAGUUCGCUACUAAUCCAAGAGGUUACAUCGAGUAGAAACCAUGCAUGGGUUGGUAUAAUUGGUGCAUGUCUCAAAUGUUCUGUUGUUUUUGCUAUAUGUAAUUGGGUUAAUUAUACUGGAGGAGAUAGUAUUUAGCAAUAAUGCUGUAGCAGCUAGGUUAGUAUUGGCUUAUUGGGGAUGAUAAGAUUCAUGCCUCCCAAACUGUCUCUUCUCUUUGUUGUUUUUUCUUCUGCAGCGCUGACGACUGUACUCUUUAAUUUGGAGCAAAAAAACAUUGUUCUUUUUACAAGACAGUUAAUAAUCACAGAGCCAUGUAGCCAUAUAUAUAGUACUCUUGAUAUA